ACCGACGCGGCCCGUGAGCACGGCUGAUUUUUUCUCCCCUAUACAGCGCACUGCUCGGUCUCCUAAGUCUUCGCUGUGAUGGAUUGGGUGCAAGGAGGCGAGUCAAUGGCGCCGGCGCUCGCCGCACCGGGAAUCUCCCCGGCGGCCGACUGCAGAUCCAACCAAGCUGCCGGCGACCCGUCCUCCGCAGUCAGGCCGAUCGAUGGAGGGUUGUCGGGGUCGGAUCUAUCGUGGCGUCCAGCCAUCCAGGAUAUCGCGCGAGUCCCAGACGAAACGCCAUUCUCCAAUGCGCACAUAGGGCUAGUAACGCCUCCGGCCACACUGAAGGGCGCGAAUGCAUGCGCCUACAGCUCAGAUUUUAAUCCAGAUGUACGUGACGAUGAUUCUGGGAACGUUAUAGUUGUGCGUGGAUGGAAGAAACGGAAUGUUGGGGCUAAUGGCCCUGACACGAGGACACCUCCGUCCACAAAGACGGCCAUCGAGCGACGUCUGCUCGAAAUGAAUGAUCGUAGAGGCAGUGAAAUCUUCGAGCCAGUGGUCGGAACCGACUUCGACUCAUGUCAAGAAGCAUAUGAUUUCUACAAUUUGUAUUCGUGGGAGCAUGGAUUCGGCAUUCGGCAUGGCAGAAGCAGAGUUAACACAAACAAGUACAAGUUGAUGCACGAACUUGUUUGUCAAUGUGCGGGCAAGAAUGACAAAGAAAACUCGUCAUCAUGCAAGAUCGAUUGCAAGGCCAUGGUGAGAUUGCUGCGUACCAAGGAUCAUGGAUGGUACGUCAGUAUGUUUGUCAAGGAGCACAACCAUCGUUUGUCGGUUGGAUACGAUGCAAAACUCCAGUGGAAUUCACACGAUUUCAUAGACCCUGUUUCAUUUGACUUCAUCAAGAAUCUUCGAAGCAAUAAUGUCAGUGUUGGCAAGGUUUAUAACAUUUUGUGUGGAGCAGAAUGGAAUUCGCAAGCAGUGCCCUAUAGGAAGCAAGUAUUACGAACACUAUGUGCCAAAUUCUCUCAGGACACAAUAAAAGAUGAUCUAAAAAAAACCAUGAAACUUCUGCAAGAUAUGAAGAUGGAGGACAUGAAUUUGAAGGUUGAGAUAGACGUAGACGGAGAUGGUCGUGUCCGUACAAUGCUAUGGGUAACAGGAAAAAAUCGUCAGGACUAUUUUCACUUUGGUGACGUCAUUACCUUCGACACAACAUACAAGACCAAUUUGUAUAACAUGCCGUUUGCCCUGUUUGUCGGGGUAAACAACCACUUCCAGUCUGUUAUAUUCGGUGGUGCACUAAUGCGAGAGGAAACUGAAGCUGCUUUUAAUUGGUUGUUUAAGACUUUUGUGGCUCUGAUGAAUGACAAGCAUCCCGUGACGAUCCUAACAGAUCAAGCUUUAGCUAUGAAAGGUGCGAUUGAGAGUGCUCUCCCUAACACUAAACACAGAUGGUGUAAAUGGCAUGUCCUCCGGGACGUUAAAGGAAAUAUUGGCCAUGUGUACAACAAGUCUUCUGGGUUCAAGAAGGAAUUCAACAAGCUAGUCAAUGAUGUGAUGUGUGUCGAUGAGUUCGAAUCCAAAUGGUUGUCCCUCGUGAACAGGUUCAAUGUCAGUGAUAAUGAGUAUAUCGUCAGACUAUAUGAUAAGAGGGUCAUGUGGGCAAAGCCGUAUUUCAAGGGAAUUUUUUGUGCUGGAAUGACAAGCACACAGCAUAGCGAGAGUGCUAAUCAUAUGCUGAAACAGUAUACAUACCGAGGUCAUCCCCCAUGCACGUGUUUGUUCGCCAAUACAACAAAUUCCUUGGGUCAAGGAUGAGCGAUGAGGCAAGGGAAUUCCAUCUAAAUGCAAAUAAAUCACAUACUUACGAAUCCACAUAUCCAAUAGAGGAUGAUGCUGCAUCAAUAUACACACGCUCUGUUUUGCUGAAGUUCCAAGACGAGCUUCAUAAGUGUGGGAGUUAUGUAGUGACACCUGUGGUGCACGGUGCACAAUACAUGGUUAGUGUCGCACCAUCCAAAGUAAAGGAUGCAACAAAGAGGAAGUGGUGAAAUGUCAAGAUUGAUGACGACGGGUAGUUCAUAAACUGCGAUUGUGGGAUGUUCGACCAUGUCGGUAUGUUGUGCAGACAUGCAUUGAAGGUAAUGAUUCGUGAAGAUUUUCUAAAGAUCCCCUCUAGAAAUAUUUUGAAGCGAUGGACUAUAUGGGCAACUGGAUCUUAUCCAGCAGGCAUGGACAUGAGCGAUAACGGGCCACAUACAGAUGACUGUAGUUAUCUAAAGAACCUCCUGCAUAUUGCUGUCGAGGAUCUCAUGAAAGCGAGUUCACAUGAUAAGAAGAGUUUAGAAGCUGCGGUAGAAGGGAUGGGCAAACUCACAGCUGCAAUACGGAAGAACACUAGUAUAACUGAAACCAACCAUCUUCUGGAACCGCCACACGUCGAGAGUUUCGUCAACAUCCACGUCAACACGGUUCUCGCUCCUGAACGGGUGAAAAAAAGUGGAAAGCCAGCGUCCGUGAGACCUAAGUCAAAGAUGGAUUAUGCUGCAGCAUCUGCUAAGAAGAAAAACAAGAGUAAUAAAACUGCGAAGAAAAAUCCAUGUGGUGAUUUGAAGCCAAGGGAGCGUGCUCUAUCUUCCUUGUAUGAUAAUGACCAGACUACAGAUACCCCGUCUAAGGAGUUAGAAGAUGAAGUAUCGCCAAAUAUCCCCAGCAAGAAGAGGAAGGUUGAAAAUGUAUGAUGGCAAAAAGAUGGCACCCGGCGCAUUGCCAUGAUAUAGAUCGUUGAAGACACGACCAUGCUUACAGGAGAUCACUCCGUGAAGCUUGCCCCGUCGAUCCUGUUCUCAUUGUACUCCAUGGUCAGCAGAAGGACCCUGGUGUCACCGAAAUGCCAGCAUGCAUAUGCCGCCUCCAAACCAGUGUAUCCACUGUGGAAUAAAAGUGCAUUUAGUUCAGAUAUCAACUAAUUUAGAGCAUGUAUAUUUGAUCUGUGAAAACAUCAUAUGAUGUUGUAGACAGUACCAUUUGAUCUCUUUUCUCCCAUGCCAUCCCGGUAAGAACUCCCAGUCUUUAACGUCCCAUUCCGGUUUUCCCCUUAUGAGCUCAACAGAGUAGAAUAGCGAUUUCAGGAUGGUUUCAGCCUUGUCCUGGUGCCUUUCAGUCAUAGUCCUGCCUGACAUUGUUGUGCAAUCCACCAUGUAUGCCUUCUUUGAGUUUGUGUCAUAAAGAUAUGUCGUCCAUAUAUUA